GCCAUUUUGCUGCUCAUCAUAUUGGUGUGCGUCUGCAGUCAUUUGGCCCUGAUCAGGCUAUUGGUUAGUGAGUGCAGAGGCCUAACACAGGUGGCUAGCAUCAUUGUUGCAGAAAGCAACAAAUGGUGCCCCGUGUGAGGUGCGUGUGAGGCACAGACUGUGUUCUGAUGCUCUCUGCGCUGCUGUGAGCUGUGGGGUGAUGCUGUAGCAUGAGAUUUGGGGUGACGCCCAGCCUGAGUGCCCUGAGGAGAGGGGAGCCUGCAGAAGACGACUGGGGUGACGCCCUGCAGAUCGUGGCGAUGACGAUAGUGCUGGCCAGCAAGUAGAACCUGAGUUGCGGUGGGGUCUGGGGGGACAACAGGACGCUCACAGAGGACCUGUGUGGACGGCGGCGUCAAGUGUGACUUCGUGGUGACAGCGACGGGCUGAUCAUGGAACAUAUUCUUAAGGUAUUGUUUCAGUUUUGUAAGGAUUACUUUGGCAAGUAUGCUCCCUCUGAGAAGGAUAUCCACGCAGUUAUUUCCCGGUUAGAAUGGGAGGGGGAGGUUAAAACCCCCCACGAGAUCCUUGAUCACUGGAGGUGGGAUGAUCUCACCUCUGAGUUCGCGCAACAUAUUAUGAGUGCUCAGGAUGGCGGGUGGGAGUUAAAAACUUGGGAUCUGAUACUGGGGGCAUUGAAAGCGGCCAGAGUAGAGGGAAAGGUAUUGGUGGAGGCUCGAUACCUUUUGGAUCUUGGCGGUGGAGGCGAGACACCGGAUCUGGGGGGGUUCGAUGGGGGCUCGGGAGCAGUUUCUUGCAGGGGCCGAGAGGAGACGGAGCCGCCAAUGACCGCUGGCGAGAUGGCGCCGGCUGAGCCGACCGCGCUCAGUUCAAAAGAAGACAAACAACAAGAGAGUGAAUGUUCGUUGUCUCGUCCCCCUCCUCUGUAUCUGGACCUCUCAGGCGGAAUGUUGUAUCCUUUAUCAGAAUUACGUCAGUGUUACCUGACUCAAAGGGGUGGAGGAAGCUGUGAUCUACAGGGGAAGGAUCAACUUAGUGCCCACAUGGGGAGGGACCAGACAAAAGGUCCGUCCAAUGGGGACAGGGGGCAUAGCCUACCGUCUCUGGUCACUCACAGGGGCGGUAGUGUAAGUGAUAGCGUAGAGGAGAAAGAAGGGACUGGCUUUGAGUGCAGGGGGAGGGAUCAAAUGACGGACUGGAAUCGGAUUAGAUCGGAGGCUGAGGGGAAGGGUAUAGUUCCAGAGGCAUUCCCAGUGAUUGUGCGAGUUUUCUACAGAAAUUCUUCGUUGGCAAACCGAAGCCAACUCCAGAACAACUGAGGGACAGACGAUGGGAUCAAGAACCACUCAUCAAGAGGAGCACUACACCUGCAACGCUGACACUUCCAAUGUUGCUGACGUUGAUGGUGUCCCUGGCGAUUACAGCAUGUCGCAAACAACUACAAUGGAUGCAAGAACAUCUGCAGAAGAUUAAAGAAGAGCAUGAUCCCUUUGAGAACUGGCUGAACAGACUGUUUGGGGGAACGGGUUCAUGGUUAAAGCAAUUGCUUAAGGUUUUCGCAAUAGGGUUUGCAAUCUUUGUGUGUAUUCUAAUCUGUCUUCCAUGCUUUGUAGGAUGCUUGCAGAACUGCCUUCAACGAAUGAUGGACAAGACCUUUGACUAUCGAAUUGAGUAUCAUUGAUUGCGUGAAAAAUUAUAGAGGGGUUUAGGUUGUUGCGUUCAUGCUGUAACGGGGCAAGGCUUGGCUGAGCACGGGAAAGAAUUCCCUGUUGCUCUGAUGAUUGCUUAAGAAUUGUAGAAGAAAGUAGUAGGAAUAGUGUGCUGAAAUAUAUUUAGGAUUAGGCAUUUUGCGCUGCUUCGCAAUGUACGGGUUAGGCGUGUGUGCAAGUAGUAUUUAGCUUAGGGAGGGGGAGAUGUUGUAGUAGGCAUCUUGCGGGGGUACGGGAUGUACGGGACAGGCCUCUCCCUAAGCAUAGAGAGACAGUGCUGUCGUGCUGACCUUGAUGCAGAGAAAACAG